AUGGAUGCCUUAGUUUUUACUGGUAGUAUGUCGGUGAUGGUGAAUGGGAGCCCUACUAAAGAGUUCAUGGUGGAGAGGGGAUUGAGCCAAGGCAAUCCAAUUUCUCCGUUUCUUUUUGUUAUUGUUGCGGAAGGAUUGAAGGGAUUGGUUAAUAUAGCGGUGGAAAAUAGUGAUUUCGAGGGAUUUUCUUUUAAAGGAAGGACCUUUAUAUAUGUCCUUCAAUUUGCAGAUGAUACAAUUUUGGUUGGAAACGGUAGUUGGUCUCAUCUUUGGGCCAUCAAAUCGGUUUUGAGAGCGUUUGAAUUGAUUUCGGGGUUAGGCAUAAACUUCCACAAAAUCAAAUUAAUUGGAAUAAACAUUAGCAAUAAUUUCAUGGAGGUGGCUACUAAUUUCCUCGGGUGUAGGAGGGAAGGAAAAGAGUUCACGUUCUUAGGAAUUCCAAUCGGUAGCAAUCCUAGAAGAAUUUCCCCUUGGGACUCUUUGGUGAGGAAAAUUAAGAAAAUAUUGGCAAGUUGGAAAGGAUGGUUUCUUAGUUUUGGAGGAAGACUUACACUUUUAAAGUCGGUCCUUGGUAGCUUAGCGAUCUUUAUGCUAUCUUUUUACAAGGCACAUAAGAAAGUCAUAAAGGACAUUGUUAAAAUUCAAAGUAACUUCUUGUGGGGAAGAUAA